AUGGCGGCAGCCACCGACGGCGAUUCUGCGUACCUACGACAACUCCUCCUCCAAAACUCCAAGAAGACGCGAGCGCUUUUCGCGGGCGGCGUCGUCCCAGAUGCACCAGUGAUACAGACUUCGAUUCCUGAGAGGAAGCGUAAGGUAGAUGCGACCAGCACACAACUGGUGCGGGCGAAGAGGGCAGAUCAGAAGAGGGCUGCGGCAGCUCCAGGGGCGCCACGGACACCAGGAACGCAACUAUCAUCAGUGCUUUCUACCGACAAUACCAGGAGGAUCCAGGUCGCCCAGCAGGCGAAACCAGAAUGGCAUGCGCCAUGGAAGCUGAUGCGUGUUAUAUCCGGCCAUCUGGGCUGGGUGCGGAGCUUGGCGGUUGAACCGAACAAUCAAUGGUUUGCCAGUGGUGCGGGGGACAGGACGAUCAAGAUCUGGGAUCUGGCGACGGGAGGACUGAAGCUCACGCUGACGGGGCAUAUUUCCACAGUCAGGGGUCUGGCUGUUUCGCCGAGACACCCGUAUCUGUUCUCGUGUGGUGAGGAUAAGAUGGUGAAGUGCUGGGAUCUGGAAACCAACAAGGUCAUUCGACACUACCACGGACAUUUGAGCGGCGUCUACACCUUAGCCCUUCACCCGACACUCGACGUCCUGGUUACGGGUGGACGAGAUGGUGUUGCUCGAGUGUGGGAUAUGCGGACACGAAGCAACAUCCACGUUUUAGCUGGGCAUAAGGGAACGGUUGCAGACGUUAAAUGUCAAGAGGCGGAUCCGCAGGUCAUAACCGGGUCUCUCGAUUCUACUGUCCGCCUGUGGGAUUUGGCCGCCGGUAAGACUAUGGGAGUUCUAACGCACCACAAGAAGGGUGUAAGGGCUCUUGUAACUCAUCCGAAGGAGUUCACAUUUGCGUCGGGCAGCACUGGUAGCAUCAAGCAGUGGAAGUGCCCCGAGGGAGCGUUCAUGCAGAGCUUUGAGGGGCAGAAUGCCAUUAUCAAUACUUUGAGCGUCAACGAAGACAAUGUGUUGUUCUCGGGAGGUGAUAAUGGAUCGAUGGGCUUCUGGGAUUGGAAAACGGGACACCUUUACCAGUCGCUGGAUACGACGGCUCAGCCGGGAUCUUUGGACGCUGAGGCUGGAAUAAUGAGCUCCACGUUCGAUAAGACUGGAUUGAGAUUGAUUUGCGGAGAGGCAGACAAGACUAUAAAAAUAUGGAAGCAAGAUGACCAAGCGACACCAGAGUCUCACCCCUUAGAUUGGAAGCCAACUCUGGGACGCCAAAAAUACUGA